AUGAAGCGUCUGGGGUACAGAAAAUCCCGUAAUGGGUGUUUAAGAUGCAAAGAGAGAAGAGUCAAAUGUGACGAAAACAAACCUUGCAGCGCUUGUGUACGCCACGGGUUGCCGUGCAGUCUAGAGAACGCGGGAGCGCCGCUUGGUGGCUCUUCUCAAGUGCCGACACAACCACCGGCAGGGAGUUUAGGUCCUAGAGCCAAGCGAUCGGGCUCGCGGGGGUCGGCGGUGGUUAGGCGACGGCCAAGCGCUCAAUCGCCCGCGUCUCUUUCGCCACUCUCGGCAGCCGGUUCUCUCGGCGGACAUCAAAGCACAUCAAGUCCGGGUGGACAGACGUCACCGUCCUCACAGUCAGACCCAUUUCCUUACUUUUCACGGUUCCUCACCGACUUAAACAAGACUGAGACCGCCAGCGGCUGGAUAUCAGAUCUUGAGCUUAUGCACCACUACACUUCUGUCUCGUACCGGACAUUUUCUCAUUCUUCACAUGCCCAGAGAACGCUCCAGUAUGAUGUGCCGAGAGAAGCUCUAUCAUACCCAUUCCUCCUCCAUCAACUCCUCGCCUUCUCUGCCUACCACCUCGCAUAUCUUCAACCAGAAUGCCGGCAUGCCUACCUGAUGCAAGCUGCCCAACAUCAAAAUGACGCCAUCAACGGAAUGAGAGGUACAUUGCUCGGCAAAAUCUCGUCUACAAACUGCCACGCUCUGUUUGCCUCUUCUGUGUUCUUGACACUGAGCGCCUUUGCAACCUACCCCAGCUAUGAGAAGUACAAUCCAUCAUUCUCCCCAAUCGAUAGCAUGCUCGAUAUUUUUACGCUGUCGGAUGGCAUGAGCGUCAUUCUCCGUGCCUCAGAUGACGAUCUACACAAGGGUCCGUUGCGCGACCUUUUCCUCCGCAACCCUAGCGAAGGGCAAACCACGGUGGAGGCAUCACUGCAGCCCCUGUUCGAGCGACUUCCGCGGGUCAGCAGCCGGCUUGCGGAGAUAGGACUUGUCGAAGCCGAGGGGAAAUACACAAUAAACGAGGCCGUGAUGGCUCUGACCGAAAGCAUUGCCAAAGUUUCUUCCAUCAACGCCCUAUCCGCUUCAGCCGAGUUCCGCGCCGUGUUUUCCUGGCCCGUCCGAAUGUCGACUGAAUACUUGGAUUUGCUUCGCAGACGCCAUCCCGCGGCACUGGUCGUGCUAGCACACUACUGCAUCAUCAUCAACGCGGCCGAGCCGUUCUGCUGGUUCCUCAAUGGCUGGGCAAGGGCCUUGAUCUCCGUAAUCUCGGAGCAGCUGAUAGGCACGCCGUGGGGGGAGCUCCUGGUAUGGCCUAGAGAGGUCAUUGGAGUUGGCAGCUACGAGUUGCAAUUAGACCAUAUUGGUCAUUCUACCAUGCCUAUUAUCCUCUGA